GAGCCAGCGGUGCCGGUCAGCACCCAGGCCAAUACAGCCCCCGCAGACGGCAACCGCCACCCUCACGAACAACCGGCCGCAAGGCACCCUGUUCACCGCUUGGCAUCCUAGCAGCAGCCGCGGGGCGUCGGCGGGCAUUCGGGAUGCGCACCUCCGCGCGCCUGUUGGCCGCUGCACUGGCGGCGGCGCUGCUGGCGGCGGCGGUAGCCCACCAGUGCGCCGCCCACGACACGCCCAGCCACAGCGGCGACCCGCGGUGCCGCACGCGGCGACCACGGCCGCACAUGCCGCACGGUGCUUGCUUGCUUGCAUGUUGCAGCAGCAUCUGAGCCACAGCGUGCAGUGCUGGCCAGCUGGAGAGGCUGCCGAUGGGUCGGGGCUGGCUGGCUGGCCGGAGCAGCCGCCGAUGCCGCCGGAUGCGGGCGCAGCCUCGGUGCUCGGGUUUCGCUGCGCCCGCCCCUGCUUCCUGGCCCACCGCUCCUUGCGCGUGGGCCCCACGCCUGCAGCCGGCAAGACAUACGCCAACUGCUUCCUGCGCACCGCGCUGCCGCCCUCCAAGCGCUGCGCCAAGAGCUACGACCAGCUGCGCCUCAACGUGUCGAUGGAGGAUUGCCAGACGCUCAUCAGCCACGACGACUUCAGCAUCUCCCAGUUCUUCCCAGAGGGCGCCGCCACCAUCACGCAGCUGCGCAGGCCUGUGGAGCGCAUCAUCUCCUCCUACGAGUUUGCGGUGGAUGUGGCGGCCAAGGGCGUGCUGCACCCGGAGCGGCCCCGCAAGAACCCCAAGCGCCGCGCCGACUUUGUGGGCACGCUGGAGGUGUGGCCCUGGUCCAUCCUCAUCCCCUGGUUCAAGCAAGACAUGGCGGACAGGAUGGAGAAGCUGCGGCUGCAGACGCUGAACGACCUGACGGCGUGGCGGGCCUUCACCUCCCCAGACAACCGCACCUACUACUGGAAUGAAGUCAAGAACUCGUCGGUGUGGACGCUGCCCGACCCCGAGCCCGUGCUCAACCCGUACAACAACUCUCUGGUCAUGCCGCUGCACGAGUUUGUGGAGCACCCCAUUGCCGAGGAGCUGCUGCACAACGGCGCCGCGCUGCAGGUGCUGGGCCUGACCAACUACUCAUACUGGGCGGGCACAGAGGCGCUGCGCAGGUGCGUGCGCUCCAACAGCAUCGCGCGCGAGAUGCUGCUCACGCUGGCCACCAAGCGGCUCAAGACCAUGGCGCACGUCGGCCUCACCGAGCGCCUGGACGAGUCGGUGCUGUCGCUGGCCGCAGACUUGGGCCUGGGGCUGGAUGGUGCGGCCUACAAGUACACCAGCUCAUCGGCCUUCACAUACGACGACGGCGCCGCAAACGACGAUGACCUGCUCACCUUCUACUCCGCCAUCGAGGGCCACCGCAACCUGACGGUGGCGCGGCGCGAGGCGGCGCAGCGUGUGAAGGCCAUCGUGGAGCAGCAGCGGGACCUGAAGCGGGAGCUGGAUGAGCUGACGCCGCGGCUGACAGCGCUGGUGGACAGGGAGGCGCAGUGGCUGGAGGAGCAGCAUGCCCUGAAGGCAGCAGCGGAAGCGGUGGACAGCGGAGCAACAGAUUGGGAGGCGCAGGAGGGUGAGGGAGGUAGGGAGGCGCAACAUGGCGAGGCAGACGAGGAGGCGCAGGAGGGAGAGGCAGAGGGUGAGGCGCAUGAGGGCGAGGAGGCGCAUCAUGACGGCCAGACGUCAGAGACAGCCGCAGAAGAAGAUGCGGCAGAAGGAAUGGCCGAGGACGCGGCCAGCGGCAGCGAGGAGGUGUUGGAUGGCGACACGCAAGUGUCGGAUGAGGAGGGCGAGGCGCAGGCUGACGGCGAGGGCGAGGACGGUGCUGCUGGCAGCGACGACGCGGCGGAGGGGCAGGGCGAGGCUGGGGCCCAGGAGGAGGAGGAGGAGCCGGAGGAGGAGGAUGAGGGGCUCACAGAUAUCGACAGCCCCUGGGCAGAGGAGAUUGUGGCGCUGGACCAGGAGGUGCUGGCCAAGCAGGAGCGCAUGAAGCAGCUGGAGAGCGAGCUGGUGUCCCUGCAGAACUCGGGCCUGGUUGUGUCGGCAGAUGAGGCCACGGGGCGGGCUCGGCAGCUGAUCCCCGAUGAGCACUACCUGCUGCCCAGCGAGACGCUGGGGCACGCGUAUGUGCGCUGCGCCAAUGUGAGGGACAUUGCGGCCGUUGCCGGAGAGGGAGGGAGGGCGGGCAAGGGGCGGCGUGAGCGGCGCAAGGUGUACAAGCACCUUCGCACGCCUUGGGGCGAGACAUUCCGUUUCGAGGCUCAGUCGCGGCAGCUGAUACCCGAGGAUGUGACGGCACGCAUCCACCAGCUGAAUGCGCUGGAUGAGGAGCUGUGGAAGGCGGGGCACGCGCUGCUGGAGAAAAAGCUGGAGGAGCAGCGGGCUGCGGGGCUGCUGCAGUCCUUCCCGCCGUUUGCCUCCCCGCAGAUGGCGACGGCGGAGCAGCAGCAGAGCAGCAAGCGGAGAAAGCUGCACAGCACUGGGGAGGUUGUGAGGGAGGAGGGCCCGCAGGCGCACCGGCCCCCUGUGCAUGACAGCGGCGCAGAGCUGUAUGCCAAUGACAGGGCAGCAGCGGCGGCGGCAGCCAACGACAGCGAAGCAGCCAACAACAGCGACUCAGCCAAUGACAGCGCGGCAGCCGGCGACAGCGAAGAUACCGCUGGCAGCACAGGCGCUACCGCCAACGACACCGAGGCCACCGCCCCGGAGGCUUCCACCACCUCCGCCACUGCCGACGCAAUGAUCAACGCCAGCGCCCAGUCAGCUCAUGACGAGCUCUGAUUCAACACCCUGAUAUUGCUGGUUUCUUUUUAGCAUUGCUGCCGCUGCACUUGUAUGCCUGCCUGAAUUGCUGCCGCGGUGCACAGCACCACGGCCCGCCUGCGCCAGUGUGACACCUGGUGCGUGGACG